GUUGUUGGCAAGGACUUCGAAACAAGGAAAUGACGCAAGAAGGAGAAUCAUGUGGAAGAAACUCCGUGCUUUUUUCAAACUGGACCGAUCUUCUCAGCCAUCGAAACAUCGGCGCCAGUCCGACACUUUUGGAGGGUUAAGUGAACUCGCAAUGCCUCCGCCUAUUGAGAAUCGCGAAGAUUCUGAAGUCUAUCGCCACCACACUCUGGAGGAAAAUUUUGAACGAAGUUCACGGGGUGAAGACAUUGAUGCUGAGGAUGGAGAAGAAGAUAUUCUUGUUCGCCAUCACACCCUCGAAGAGAAUCUCGCGCUCGCGAAAGAGCUUACUCGGGAAAUGAACCGGCAGUCACAAGAACUUCGCCGCCUCUCCUCUGAACACCACCGUGCCUCAAGCUCUGGGGCAUUGACUUGAAAUGGGUCGAGCAUGCAAAGACUAUGGCGUGAAUGGGUAGGAACAACACAUACACCACGCGUUUGUUUUCCGAAUCUAUGGUAUGAAGUAGCAAGUGAGAGAAUGCUCUGGCAGUGCAGGAUAAACAUACUCCUAGGACUUCUUCCACAACCUCGCUGGAUAUCGGUACUUGAUUGUUAGAAAUGAUUAUUUCAAAUCCUUCAGGAUGAGAUGUAGAUAAGCUUGCAUCCCCA